AUUUGGCCCAGGCCCCUGUUCAUGGCCGCCCUGGGGACCCUGCGCUGAGCCCUGCAGGCCGGGGCGUCUGGGGCUGAGCGCGGAGCGGGCGCAGGCCGAGUGGACAUGAGGCGGAGGCUGUGCCCGCGCAGGGACGCGUUGCUCACGCUGCUUCUGGGCGCCGCCCUCGGCCUCCUGCUCUACGCGCAGCGGGACGGGGCGGCCCCGACCACCGCCGCGGCGCCGGCUUCCUCCCUGGCAGCUCAGGGCCUCACUCCCAGGCCCCGCGAAGUCCAGGCCCCGCUGGCCUACGAAGGCGACACGCCGGGACCGCCCACGCCCACGGGACCCUUUGACUUUGGCCGCUAUCUGCGCGCCAAGGACCAGCGGCGCUUCCCGCUGCUCAUCAACCAGCCGCGGAAGUGCCGCGGCGCGCGGCCGCACCUGCUCAUCGCCGUCAAGUCGGUGGUGUCCGAUUUCGAGCGGCGUCAAGCCGUGCGCCAGACGUGGGGGGCUGAGGGUCGUGUGCAGGGGGCGCUGGUGCGCCGCGUGUUCCUGCUGGGCUUGCCCCGGGCUGCAGACCCCGCGGGGCCCGACGGGGAGCGCCAGGGCUGGCGCGCAGACUGGCAGUCCCUGCUGCGAGCUGAGAGCCGCGCCUACGGGGACAUCCUGCUCUGGGCCUUUGAGGACACUUUCUUCAACCUAACGCUCAAGGAGAUCCACUUUCUGGCCUGGGCCUCCUCCUACUGCCCCGACGUGAGCUUCGUUUUCAAGGGCGACGCCGAUGUGUUCGUGCACAUCGGAAAUCUCCUGGAGUUCCUGGCGUCCCGGGACCCGGGCCAGGAUCUGCUUGCGGGUGACGUGAUCGUGCAGGCGCGGCCCAUCCGCGCGAGGAGCAGCAAGUACUACAUCCCGGAGGCCGUGUACGGCCUCACGGCCUACCCGGCCUACGCGGGCGGCGGCGGCUUCGUGCUGUCGGCGGCCACGCUGCACCGGCUGGCCGACGCCUGCGCGCAGGUCGAGCUCUUCCCCAUCGACGACGUCUUUCUGGGCAUGUGUCUGCAGCGCCUGCGCCUCACCCCCGAGCCUCACCCUGCUUUCCGGACCUUUGGCAUCCCCCAGCCCUCGGCCGCCCCCAACCUGCGCACCUUCGACCCUUGCUUUUACCGAGAGCUGGUAGUAGUGCACGGGCUCUCAGCUGCUGACAUCUGGCUGAUGUGGCACCUGUUGCACCAGCAGAAGGGGCCAGCCUGUGCACAGCCGCUGCCUGCAGCUACCGGCCCCUUCCAGUGGGGCCCCUAGCCAGCGACCACAGCCCCAAGGGCUGCUCAUUCACUCCCAGGAUGCAGGAGGUUUGAAGGUGGUUUCCCUAGCAAAUUAUUUCAUUGU